UUUCGCGACUCCUGUGGUCUCAUAAAAAAACGAUAAUUUAUUCACGCUCCAGUUUUCCUUUCUUUGGAAUCCGAGAGCAGAGACUUCCCGUACGAGCAGCCACCGCUCGCCGCCUCCUGCCCGCCGCUGUGUAACAUACGCACGUACGCAUAACUUGUAUCUCUCCAUACUGUCCAUCGCCAACAAAGAAGAAGCAUUUGUUAGUACUUGUGGAGCAGCAGUUCGAUUUCGCUUCAUUUGAUUCAUUCUUCAAUUUAAGGUGCAGUGAGUAAACCAAGAGGUAACCUUUACGUGUAUUGAGCUUAAGUUGAUUAAUAUUGUGAAAAUGGCCACUUCAGAAGUAAUUCUACAAGUUCUAUCAGGGGCCGUGCCUCGACUAUUUUACUCUGAGCCAUGUUCUAAGAAUUCAAACUCACGGCUUUCUCUUAAGUACCGUGUAAGUAGGAGGCGGAAAAAAGGUUCACAGUUAAUGCAAAGGGUGGAUUUUUCAAGAUCAUCAAGAAAUUGCAUGAGAGUCUAUGCCCUUGAUGGCUUACAUGGAUUUUCACAUGGAAAUGCUCUAAAUGUCCAUUUGGGGUCGGGGAGUUGCAAAUGUCAACACGCUGAAAGUGUGAGUGCAGUAACUGGAGAGGAUGAACAUGGUGGUUGCGGUAGUAAUAGUUGGAACAGUCAGAAGGUAGAGGUGGCUCAACAAAUGAAUAAUGAGAAUGGGAGUGUAGCAUCUAUUGAAAGGUUGAAUAAUGAGAAUGGGAGUGUAGCUUCUAUGGAAAAGUUGAAUAAUGAGAAUGGGAGUGUAGCAUCUAUGGAAAAGUUAGCAAGUACGAGGACAAUUAACAGUACGCCAAACAGGGUUAGUGCAGAUUCCACUGACGAUGAAGCAUGGAAUCUAUUGCGGGAAUCGUUAGUAUAUUAUUGUGGCAACCCCAUUGGAACUAUUGCUGCUAAUGAUCCAACAGACACCAGUAUUCUUAACUACGAUCAAGUCUUUAUCCGUGACUUCAUACCUUCUGGGAUUGCUUUUUUAUUGAAGGGAGAGUAUGAUAUUGUGAGAAAUUUCAUCCUUUACACCCUCCAACUGCAGAGCUGGGAGAAAACGAUGGACUGCUAUAGUCCUGGUCAAGGAUUAAUGCCUGCAAGUUUCAAGGUGCGCACUGUUCCACUCGACGGUGAUGAUUCUGCUUAUGAAGAAGUUCUGGAUCCUGACUUUGGUGAGGCAGCAAUUGGUCGCGUUGCCCCAGUUGAUUCUGGUUUGUGGUGGAUUAUCUUGUUGCGAGCAUAUGGGAAAUGCUCUGGAGACCUUUCAGUUCAGGAGAGGGUUGAUGUGCAAACUGGAAUUAAAAUGAUUUUAAAGCUAUGUCUUGCUGAUGGUUUUGAUAUGUUCCCGACAUUGUUAGUGACAGAUGGUUCUUGCAUGAUUGAUCGUCGCAUGGGAAUUCAUGGCCAUCCUUUGGAAAUUCAGGCAUUGUUUUACUCAGCGUUACUUUGUGCUCGCGAGAUGCUUGCUCCUGAGGAAUCUGCCGAUCUUAUGAGGGCGCUUAACAACCGUCUAAUUGCAUUAUCAUUUCACAUCAGAGAAUAUUACUGGACUGAUAUGAGUAAAAUUAAUGAAAUAUACCGGUACAAGACAGAGGAAUACUCUUAUGAUGCAGUGAACAAGUUCAACAUCUACCCAGAUCAGAUUCCUCCGUGGUUAGGCGAAUGGAUGCCUAACAAGGGAGGCUAUUUGAUUGGAAACCUGCAGCCAGCUCACAUGGACUUUCGGUUCUUUUCUCUAGGAAAUUUAUGGUCUAUUGUAAGCAGUCUGGCAACUAUUGAUCAGUCGCAUGCCAUAUUGGAUCUUAUUGAAGCAAAAUGGGCAGAUUUAGUAGCUGAUAUGCCAUUGAAGAUAUGUUAUCCUGCCCUUGAAGGCGAGGAGUGGAGAAUUAUUACAGGAAGUGAUCCCAAAAACACGCCUUGGUCUUACCACAAUGGAGGUUCCUGGCCAACAUUGUUGUGGCAGGGGCGGAGCUUAAAGGAGGUGGAGUGGCAGAUGCCACCUCCAGUUUCAAAACAACUCACCGUGGCAUGCAUAAAGAUGAAUAGACCAUGGAUUGCUGAAAAUGCAGUCAAGAUUGCUGAGAGACGCAUAUCUAGAGACAAGUGGCCUGAGUAUUACGAUUCCAAGCGAGCAAGAUUCAUUGGAAAACAGGCACACCUCUAUCAGACCUGGUCGAUUGCAGGGUACCUUGUGUCGAAGCUUCUCCUUGCCAAUCCAGAUGCAGCAAAAAUUCUAGUGAACGUAGAGGAUUCUGAGCUUGCGAAUGCCUUUUCUUGCAUGCUCAGUGCCAACCCGAGGAGGAAUCGUGUACGGAAAGGACCAAAACAGAGCUUCAUAGUGUGAAAACUAAUCUUCCAAUCACCAUUCCAGUCUCAAGAAUUACUUGCACUCUGUGGAAAAUGAAUGUAACUUGACGUAAAUCCAGUAUUACUGUAGUCUCCGCAUUUGGAGACUAUUUAUCCAGUGCACAUAUUUGUAUAGUGAUGAAUGGGAGAUGAACUGGGCAAAGUUUUUCGUGUAAACUUAAAAAUGCCCUUGAAGUAGAGAUCUAAACCAUCAAAAGCACGAGUUUUCGUCUGUGCUAGUGGCCUUUGUGGUCUUGUUUUCAUCUUGAUUUAUACUACUCCUACCCUUGUGUUAAGAAAA